AGUGGAAAUAAACUAGUCGAACCGCUUUUGCAAGUCAUACGGUUAAAAUUAUUUGUGCUUUGACUUAUAAUAAAUUGUUCGAUCCAAUACAAAAAUCUAAGUGUUGACUUUUGUUCCAAUUACUUCAGUAAUUCUUUCAAUACAAGUGUAACAUCAUGUUUUUAACACGUUCAGAAUACGAUAGAGGAGUAAAUACGUUCUCUCCUGAAGGCAGACUUUUUCAGGUCGAAUAUGCAAUUGAAGCUAUAAAGUUAGGUUCAACAGCAAUUGGCAUUUGUACACCUGAAGGAGUUGUAUUAGGUGUAGAAAAAAGAAUUACUUCACCAUUAAUGAUAACCAGCAAGAUAGAAAAGAUUUUUGAAGUAGAUAAGCAUAUUGGUUGUGCUGUUAGUGGACUCAUUGCAGACUCUCGUACUAUGGUCGAAAGAGCCAGAGCUGAGUCACAAAACCAUUGGUUUACAUACAACGAACAAAUGAGUGUUGAAUCGGUUGCGCAAGCAGUUUCUAAUUUAGCUAUACAAUUUAGUGGUGAUUAUGAUAGCAAAGAACCAGCUAUGAGUCGUCCCUUUGGUGUUGCAAUUAUGUUUGCAGGCAUUGACAAUAAUGGUCCACAAUUGUUUCAUUUAGAUCCAUCAGGCACAUAUGUCCAGUAUAACGCUAAAGCCAUUGGAUCAGGAAGUGAAGGUGCACAACAAACAUUACAGGAAAAGUACCAUAAAUCAAUGGGAUUAAAUGAAGCUAUUAAUGUUAUUUUAAACAUACUAAAACAAGUUAUGGAAGAUAAGCUCAGCCCAACUAACAUAGAAAUUGUUACUGUAACGCCUGACAAACUCUACCACAUGUUAGAUAAAGAAGAGCUUCAAGAGGUUUUUGAUAAGCUUGUGCCUUUCCCAGAAGAAAAUAAGGCUAGUUCAUCAGCUGCUGUUUCAGGCGCUGUUGCUUAAAAACUUAAUUUGGUUAUAAGAUAUAAAUAUAAAAAAACUCAUAUUUCAUUAGUGUAUGUCACUUUUGAAAAAAAAUUAUACAAUAACUAUUUUUCAUAUGAUUAA